AUGACCGUCUCCCAAACUACCCCGGCAGUCGCAGCGCCAGCAGCAGCUACGGUUGCGAACCCAGUCUACCAGGUUUGGCAAGGGCUCCAAGGCGCAGUGCUGUGCGAUGCAGAUCGCGUGUGUGGCCCCAACCGGUUUUAUGCCAGGUCUCCUGUUGCUGCAACCGUGACCCCAGCUACAGUUGCUCCCGGAGUCACCACCACAACACUUAGUCAGACAGGCCCUGUUUCUGCUUCGCUGCCUGCACCUCCUUGGAUGCAAAGCAUUGGAAGUCAGGGAGUCGUGCAGCAGCCCCUUCCUGUUGCUGCUGCGGCUGGUACAUCGGCGACUCCCGUUGUGCAAACAUCCUCAGGAGUGUUUAUACCUUCGCCCUCCGCGGCCUCUCCCAUUGUGGCCUCCACCAUGCAGACAUCUUCCGGAGUCUUCGUGCCAUCGCCAGCCAACGCCUCCAUCCCCAUAUCCGGUGUGGGUCGAGGAAAUGCGAUGCCUGUCGCCGCCGGAUCGCCCCUUGUGAGCCCGCCUAUGGCCGCCAUCCCGGUGCCAGCAACACAGCCGGCCUUCGAGAAGGUGCUUGCAGGAUCCGAGCCUCCCUUCGCUCCCACCAAGAGUGCGAAACCCGAGGCGCGGGGCCGGGAUCCGACUUGGCCUAUUUCGCAGUGCUUCUUGUUCUGUGUGCCAAGUGGCACUGCGAGAGCGUGGAAACAAAGCUGA